AUGCACCCUUAUGUUGUUAUCACAGCUCUACUCACCAUAGCUCAAGCCCACAUGUACUUGCAACAGCCCGCAGCACUUUCAUACAAGGGAAACCCAAACACUCUAGAGAAGGAUAUCGACUACAGCUUAACAUCUCCAUUAGGUGGUGCAGAAGCCUUCCCCUGCAAAGGCACGACAAAGCUCCUCGGUACUCCGUCCGGGGCAAGCGUGGCUACAUGGCAGGCGGGGAGCAGUCAGGAAAUGGUUAUCGUGGGAGGCGCUCGACAUGACGGAGGUAGUUGCCAAGCUUCGCUGUCAUAUGAUGGGGGUAAGUCAUGGAAGGUGAUUCACUCGUGGGUGGGAGACUGUCCGCCCGCGUCUGGCAAGGCUCUCAGCUUCAAGGUUCCCUCAGACGCCCCCUCCGGCACCAAGGUCCUUUUUGCCUGGUCCUGGAUCAACCACACGGGCAGUAGAGAGUUUUAUAUGAACUGUGCCGUUGUCAACAUUCAAGGUGGUGGUGGUGGCGAGCCAGUGGCCUUCAACUCUCGCCCUGACCUUCUGGUUGUCAACCUCGGUAACGGCUGCACGGCAAAAGAAGGCAUCGAUGUCGACUUUCCCAACCCCGGCCCCAGUAUCACUCGAGUGGGCAAUUCGGCGGCUCCGCCAUCUGGAAACUGUGGGCCGUCGGGGCCAAAGCCGCCAGCACAAGGAGGCGGUGGAAACCCCCCGGUGCCGGUUCAAGGUGACCCGUCUGGCAAUGCCCCCUAUACCUCGCCUGGAACUGGCUCCGGUCCAAGUGGCGGCAAGGGUGAUCCAUCGAGUCCAGGAGCAGGUCAACAGCCGGGACCGCCUCAGGGGCAAAGCGCUGGAUCGGCUGGCUAUACUCCCGGUAACGAUUGGCCAGCAGACUUCAACCCGUGGGGUGAUGCAAGCGAGCUGAGCAUUAGCGCGGUGCUAGCAUAUGGUCUACCUGCACUUGCUGCGGCUGCUUGGGUUAUCUAG